GGAGAAAUCAGCGCGCGUACAUUUCAAUCAGCACUAGGCUUGCAGUUGCUUCACAAUAGCCUGUCUAUAUUCAUGUUUACAGGUACAUGCCACCUUCACGGUAACGCUUAGUGCCUAUUAUUAACCCAUUUACUGCCCACAGCUAUCGGAAGGCUAGAGACGUGGUUCAGUACAACAAUGACCAUGUCAAGGGAUUGAUUUUGAAAUCUACAAGUGAAUAGACUGAUAAGUACAGGCCUGUGGUGGUGAGAGUGCAGCCAGUGAAGAUAAUAUGUACAUUGCAUGACUGAAAUGAAAGUGUUUUACAGUGACAUACAUCCAUCAGUGUGAGACAUUACUAGCGUUGGGAGGUGAUAUUCAACAUGUUUCGUGGAGGAGGGAUUUAAAACAGGACAAACUAUGGAGGAAGAAGAGAGGUGGACUCCCCACAUGUUGUGUUGGGGGUGUGGCGAGUUUGGUCAACACUGCCAUGGAGAACAGAAUGAUGUCUCCUUUGACCGAAGUCCAGUGUUCACAUUCAAGGGGGAUAACCCCAAAUGUCGAGUGAAAUAUGUGGGAUGUGGAGCUAGUCACAAUGUCAUUAUUACAGACCUGGAUGAAAUAUUUGUGUGGGGGAAUGGGAACAGCGGACAGCUGGGGUGUAAGGAUUUGGGCACCAAGUGGAAACCCACCCCCAUCCACCUGCCCAUAGAAGACCGGGUUGAGAUUGCUGGGGUGGCCUGUGGGGGGCGCCACACCAUCAUCUGGUUGAAGAACGGCCAUGCCUACAGCUUUGGAAACAACUUCUAUGCUCAGUUGGGAUACAACUUUAAGGAGCCGAACUACAAAGAAAAUCAGCUUGAGCCGAAGUUGAUGAAGUUCUUGAUGUAUCGACACGUGUCACAAGUGUCAAGCGGAGAUAAACACACCCUCUUUCUCUUCAGCGAUGGAACUCUGGCUGCUGUGGGGAGUAACGCACACGGUCAGAUUGGAAUCGGCAGCCGAGAAGAUGCGGUAGUUCCUCGCGAUGUCGACAUUGACAAAACUGUCACGUACAUAGCAUCCGGUGCCAAUCAUAAUCUUGCCAUAACAGAUGAUGGUAGCGUCUUCAUGUGGGGAUACAGUCGGGCCUGUGGACACCGGCGCCAUGAUGUUCUACAGCCAGAGAGAGUUCUUGAAGGUCAUCAUGUCAUCCAGGUAGCAGGAGGCGCCACCCACAGUAUGGCUCUCACAGCCAGUGGCAACAUCUACUCAUGGGGAGGUGGUAUUGAUGGUCAACUCGGUCAUGGCAAUAAGGUGUUUGUGACCCAACCCUGCAAGGUGAAGGACAGCCAGCUGACAGGUCAAGUCGUGCAUAUUGCAUGUGGGGAGGCCUUCAGUGCUUGUAUAACAGGUGAUGGCCGCCUGUACAUGUGGGGCAAGAACAGCCACACAAUAGUUGCUGGAGAGACCUCAUCCUACAAAGUGACCUAUCCCCUCUGUCUGAAUCAGCCACUGGCUACCCCUCUGGAGUCUGUAUACUGUGGGGCUUGGCAUGCUGCCGUUCUCACAGGCAUAAACACACGGGUGCUGACCGAGGACGUGUCUGAGUCCGAGUCCAGUGAUGACGGGGAAACAAUGAGUCUAGUAAGUCAGACCUCGACGAGCACAGAGGACCCAUCACAGUACAUGGAUAAAAUUGAUGAAAGUGAGCUUCUCGCUGAAACCAGCCAAUUAGAGAUAGCCCUUCCUCCGGAGGACCACACCCAUGUUUCCCUGGGGGAGUUCUACGCCCCCACCCCUGACCUCACCCACCAAGCUUCCAUGUUGGGAUGUGAGCAGAUGUUUGCCGGCACUAGAUCACUUGAUCCUGAGUCAGCAAAGCGGUUGGUCAUCCAGGUUCCUGUGUCUCAGAUUGACUCAAGUGAACAGUCUUCUAAUUCUACUCCUUCCCGGACAGUGUCAAGGGAGAGUUUGCAGGGGGAGACAACUGGUGUCAGUCAGGACAACACCUUUGAUCGCCUUCAACAAUAUCCACACAUUGAACCCCUAACUCAAGUUCCUCCACAGUCAACUUUUUCAGCUGAAAAACUAAGUUCCAAAUCUGAUGUGCCAAAACUGCGCUUAGGUUACAACCGUUCAAAAACUGUGGUUGAUAGUGGACACCAUACAGUACAAAUCAGCAGACAGACAGCUAAGCGUUACACCCUCCCAAGGGAAAAUACCAAGCUCAUAAGCAGGAAUGUUGCCUUUGUGAAUGCUUCUGACUUGAGGACCACAGGACUCAUGUUUCCAGACACUGCCUGUCCCACAAGAAACGAAGAAGCUGAGACGAUUGCUUAUGGUGAUGUCCAUACUGUUAGCGUUGAAAAACAGAAACAACAUUUGACAGCCAUUUUGCAAAGUCAACCACGUGAAGUACUUGUACAACCACCAGAACAAGAUGUCCAAGUUCAACGCUCAAAAACAUUCUGCGCCCCCCUACACGGUCGGAUGGCGAGGACAAACACUCGGUUCUUCUACAAAAGGAAACCCUCUGUUGGUCAACUCGCUGCCCGUAAUGCCCUCGCCCGGGCCCAGCUCUUCAACCCGCGGGCCUUUGAGAGAAUGGCGACUGUAGGAGAGGCAGUGGGUAAGGCUGCAUUAGUUGGUCAUCAGACCAAGACAGACAUGUCUUUUGCUGCAGAGCCUGGUGCCAGGAAACCACUCUUCUCAAGUGCAUCUUCCUGGAGGGAAAGACGAGACGUGUUAAAUGGAAUCUCCACCAAAGGCGCGACUGCUGCUGCUGUAGGUAACUCUGCAGUGAAGGAUUUGACAGAAGAGAAGGAACCGGCCUUCAAGAUCAACAGUUUAAAGACAAAGACCUCCUUGGUUAACAGGGACAUUCAAAAACAUAAUCCAGAUGCUUCUGCGAAGAGGAAGUUAUUCGUAAAGUCGUCCAGUCUUAGUAAUCUUAACUCGCUUCCUAGAAAAACUCAUCUGGGCGGUGGCGUGAUGAGUGGUGGCAGUUCGAGCCCUAGGAACUACAGUGCGGUGUUGAGUAUUUCAGGACAUUCCCCGGAUGGUUGUGAAGCACCUACUGCUACUGUGAGACCAGAGGUCAGGACGUUUGAGCAUAUGGGUGUGGAUAAAAUGGAAUAUCGAACACCGGAAGUGACCAGUGGGCUGCGCAAUGGCUAGGGCGCUGGCGUCCGUACGUUUGGCCAUCCUCGUAUAUUGCGCUUGCGUACGCUUGAUAUUGAGCUUAGACGCAUUCGCAGACUUGCUGGCGUAGGAGGUCUUGGCCAUUUCUAGAAAGCUAGUCUGUGAUAGUUUGAUGUGAUGCUACAUAUACUGUGAUAUCAAAUUAUAAUCAUAUAUUUUACAUCUUGUAACAAUCAUAACGAUAAUUUAUGCAAAUGACAGAAAAAUAGUAUUGUUUAUAUUGUUAUUUUGACUAUAAAUGUCUUUAUUUUUGUUUGCUCUCAUCACUGAAUAAUGGUGAAUCUUUGCACCGUUCAAUUCUGAAAUUGAUAGGAACGUACUCUGGAGUUUAUGAAUUAUGACCAUUAAGAUUACUCAUCAUUAGUAUGCAAGAGGACAAACGGCAAUCACUACCACACUGAAAUUGAAGAGCAAGAACAAAUGAGCGGUAUGACCUAUAGAUAGUGCCUCGGAUCUGCGCCUCAUUGUAUUGUGAUGAGGUGCCGUCGUUGCUCUAUUAAUCAUUACAUGUUAAUAACUCGUAUUAACCAUCUUUGGUAUUAAGCACAGCUUGUAAUUAUAAGUGAAUCAUUGAAAACUAUUUCUUUGUUUGGAAUCUAUAACUGCUUAUCAUUAUCAUAGCAAAGUUGCAUUCUCUUGAUUAGUCUUUGAGAUGAAACCUCCGUUCCCGUGGGAAUCCAGUAUCUCCGGUCAAUACAUUGUCUUUAAAUAUACAUAACGAUAGUUUCUAAUAACUGUAUAUAAAAUGUGUUCAAUACCAUAUCUGAUACAGAAAUAUAUAUCAAAGAAUAGUUGGUCUGGCGCUUACCGUUUUACUGAUCUCGGGGCCUACUGCCCUCUUCCACGUUCUUUUGUUCAAGUUGAGGUAUUAUGCAAGUAAUGACGACAUUUCAAUUUCUAAACUCGGCUUCAUCGAUAACAAGGCUAGAAUUACUUGUGGCACCAGGGCGUUGUAUUUUCAGUUUCCGUUUGGUACCCUCGAUGCAUCUGGGUAAUAUCCUCAUAAUCGUUGAAUCCCAGUUAAGUGGAGCCAUUUUCUCAAGAACUAUAACUCGAAACAGAGGUGUGCUUCACCAAACAGGAUGUGUUACCUGAGCCUCGAUGGAUACAUUUAUCGAGCAUUAUGUUCAUAAAGGCAAUUUUAUGAUGCCAUGUCGAUAACCAUUCCAUUAUUUGUCCAUUUGUCUUUCAGAAUAUCAAUAAUUAUAUCGCACGCAGCUAAUCUUUUCAACAAUAGAAGAAACAAACAGACAACACGUUUACUUUCUUAAAGACAUCAGUUUUACAGUACCGCGACCGUUGUUUUUAUCUUUAUUUUCAAAUCAUAACGUUGUUUGAUUUUUGGGGAUUUUAUGUAAAUAUUUUCCAAUACUCUUUAGCCGUCUGUCCAGGGGGUUAUAUAAAGGUUUGUUUGAUUCUUGCUGUUGAGAGUUUCACUGACUUCACUGGUUUACGACCGACGGGUAUUUAUUCCACCUUUCGCAGAAAACUGUUCCUGGAAGUGUUUGAAAUGUGUCAGUCAUAAUCCUGGAUGAUGGUUUUUAUCUGCAUUGUCAGUAAUCAUUUGUCUCAGCGUGUUCAAACUUAAACAUAUUGGAUGCUGCUUAUGUACUACUCAAAAGAAAUUAAGGACCAAUCGAUUAUUCCAUAAUACUAUAGUUAAUCUGUCAUGGCAACGAUUAACUAUAGUAAUAUGAAAGAAUCGGGUGUUCCUUAACAUUUUUUAGUAGGAUGUGGGUGAUGGGGUAGUCUGAUAGUUAAAACGUUCUCUCUUCAGGACGAAAGCCCGGGUUUGAUUCCAAACAUGGUACGACGUGAGAAGUCUAUUGCUGGCGUCCACCACUGGAGCCAUGAUAAAGGCGGCGUAAAACCAUAAACUUGUCAACUCACUCACUCAUUCUAUAUUUGAAAUAACCAAUACAGGAAGUCUCUGUUGCUUAUAGUUUAGGAAACAAAACGUCUGUUGGUAUACUAUUAUGAAACCUCGCUACUGUGCUCUAUAAAGAAGGCACGAGUACAUGAGUUGAGCCCCUUAUUCGUACCAGGAUCUUUCCAUUAAAUGUCAUACCCCGUGCUCAUUACUAAAGUGCUCAAUGUCUGUGACCUACGUGACUUUUGCCUUUCCUCCCACAUAAAUCUGACAUGACUUGAUACUGGAAAAAAGGACCGCCUCUGUGGUCUAAUGGUAGAGCGGAAGGUCCGGGGUUCGAUCCCCAGCCGCGUCAUACCAAAAGACGUUAAAAGAUGGUACAUGUUGUUACCCUGUCUGG